AUUCAGCAGACAGAACCAAAAAAAAAAAAAAAAAAAGAAAAAAAAAUUCUCUCUUCUUUGCUCCUUCCUUCCCUUCCUACUCCGAAGCUUCGAAGCAUCACGACAGAAUCAAAGGGUUCAUUGAUAUAUAAUAUAUUCCCUCAUUUGCUUGAAUCAAAAAAACAUGAGUCUGUGUAGCGAUGGGUUAUCGAGCGAUCAGUACUUCUUGGUUAAUUUCAUCAUGAGUAAUUAUUUGGGUCCUGAUGUGUAUUCUGAUAACCCAAGAUGCUCAGCUUCUCAGAGACUAGCUAAAGGUUUACCACCUUACACUUUGAUGCACGUUGGAUCUUCCUCUCUCACUGUUGCUCAGCUUCAGAACCUCUACUAUAAUGUACUGAGAAACGCCAACUCCAGCCUCCUUCUCCAUCCUGACAUGAUUUAUAUGUAUCUCAAGGGUUAUCUACCUAUGGAACCCAUUGGAAAGUUUCCUCAGUUUACGUCUUUUUUCCCCACGAAUCUUCACCAGCAGAAAAGGUAUUCCCCAAGCCACGAGAUUGUGAAAGGGAUUGUUGUUAUCGGUGAACCUGCACUGGACUUUCUAAGCAAGGAAGAGCUUCAAAGAUUUAGAUGCUUGUCGCGUUUGAACGACUUUAAAAUCGAUAGGGUCAUGUCUCUGUGUCCUCCACGUGUGCAGCUGGAUGAGAGCCAGGGAACAGAGCAGGACUGUUCGAGAAAUGGGGAUGCAGCGACAUCUAAUGGACUUGUUACUAGUGAAGACUACAAUUCAUCUGGAGAGCCUCGAGAAACAUGCAAGAGAAAGAAAGAGGAAGAUGCAGUUGUUAGUUGCCUGAUCAGUAAACCAGAUAGACUCUCUGUGGACAUUCCAGUAAGCCAGGGAAUGGAGCAGGAUUGCCUAAGAAACGGAGGAACGGUAUCCAGUGGAAUUGUCUCUGACCAAGAGGGAGAAGAAGCAGUUGUUGGUCAUGCUGUUGUUUCUGGAAUGAGUAAAACCCCUGAAAGAUUUCGGGAGACAUACAAGAGAAAACGGUUCAAGAACUCAUCAAGAAAGGCAGCAAACAAGAAUGGUGAAACGCUUAUGGAAAGAGGCAGAACAGAUAAACCCACCAGUCAGGCACUUAUACCUGUUCCUCCUCCUGACAUGAAGGAAUGUGAUGCAGAACCGUCGGUUGUCACUACCGGAACAGCCAGUAAUAGAACGCUAGGACCAUCUGUUGGUGUUGUUGACAUUGGUGUCAACAAUGUUGCAUACUUUUUUCAAGUUGCUUUGCCUGGUGUCCGCAAAGAUUACGGUGAAUUCAGCUGUGAGAUUGAAUCAGAUGGUAAGGUGAUACUUGAAGGAUCGACUACGACAGGCGAGAAAACAAUCCAGAGGCAUUCUCGGGUUUUUGAAAUGAAUAUCCGGAAGCUGUGUCCCUCUGGACCGUUCAAGCUAUGCUUUAGCCUCCCAGGACCAGUUGAUCCACGGCUAUUCUCUCCUAACUUCCGAUCAGAUGGUAUCUUCGAGGCUGUCAUCAUCAGACACAAAGACUCUUAACUAAACCGGAGGUUCCUACAAAGUUGAAAACUUCAGGAUCUCUUAUGUUAAUGGAUACAGAAGCUAGGCCAAUCAAACCGCAUGUAAAGGACAGAUCAUUCACUCUUUGUUCAUCUUUUAGGACAUGACACCGUCGAUUUUGCUUGCUCAUCAUCAACUGAGAAUCUUUUUGUCUAAACUUGCCGAACCAAUUGUCACU